GAGAGUUGAAACUUGGAAAGAGAGAGAGAGAGAGAAAGUGAGAGCAUAAAAAGGCUGUGAGGCCACCCAUCUCUCUCUCUGUCUCUCUAUCACUCUCUCUCUCUCAAGCGCGCACCCUGUGACAAUGGUCAACCCGGCCUCGCUUCUCUUCGUCCUAAUCUUCUUCUUCGCUUUCUCUAAUGCGAUAUCCAUCAUCACUCCACAACCGCAAGAGUCGAAAUCCUUCAAGAUCCAAAACACCCAAACCCAGAGUCAGAGUGGGAGGAGUAGCUGUUCAUACACGGUGACCAUAAAAACGAGUUGCUCAUCAGUAAGAUUCACCCGAGACAGAAUCAGCAUCUCUUUCGGCGAUGCUUACGGCAACCAGGUUUAUGCGCCGAGGAUCGACGACCCAUACUCUCGGACUUUUGAGAGAUGCUCGACGGAUACGUUCCAGAUAAGAGGCCCCUGUACUUACAAGAUCUGUUAUCUCUAUCUGCUAAGAUCAGGUUAUGAUGGUUGGAAGCCUGAGACAGUGAAUGUGUACGGACCAUCCUCUAAGGUCUCCUUCUAUUACAACACCUUCGUUCCCAAUGGAGUUUGGUAUGGCUUCAAUCUCUGCAACUCCAACGUCGUCGACGACAUUUCCGGUUCCACCUCCACCUCUUCUGUUGCUAUUUCCAAGUAGAUAGAAGUGCGAUAUGAAAGGCGUUUAGAGAGGAGUGAAGGGGCGAAUGCGAGCCGUUGGAUCAUGAUUGUCUGGAAAAGUUGUACUAGGUUUAACCAAAUAAAAAUUACUUUUUUUUAUCUGA